GGUCAUAACGACAUUCUCUUCUUGAAGUGUCUGCAAUGAGGCCACUGGAGAAUUGCAAAUAUUGCAUUAUUAUACAAUCUCUAUACAUUAACAUGUAGGGUUAUAGACACCAAAAAGAAUGAUUUAAGGCGUGGUUACAUUUGAUAUAAUUGUAGCUAGUUACGCUUUUUCGAUGUAACGUUAACUUAAACAGCUUGAGCUAGUGGAAAACAACAAAAACAAAUUCUACUUUGGGGGGAAAAUCUUCACAUUUAAAAAACGUUGUUGUCACGAGCUGUGUUACUAUGACCAGACAGGUUUUUUGCUUCGAUGAACAACUUGCUUGACUUGUUUUCGUUUCGUGUCUCUCUCGCCAUCCCUCCCGCCCGCCUCUUGCCUUUACGGAAGUAAGUUAACGUUAGCAAUGAGAUACAGGACUUGAGAACGAGCAAGAGAACGCGACCUUUACAAACCGCUUUUACUCUAUCUUUAAGCUGCUGUGUUGUGUUGUGUUAUAUUGUAUUUACUUAAAGACUGCCGUUUCAACUUGAUUGUUAAAAUAUCUAAAACGUCGCUGAGUAAACAACGUCAUAUUAGCUUGCCGGAGCAAAGCGAAAGUAAGAGAACACUCGUUCAUUAAUCCCGACUUUCAUAACAUGGAAGAAUACAGUGACGAAGACAUUACGGACAGACCAUCUCUUCUAGAGUCUGAUUUAACCUGUCCUGUGUGUAAAGAGAUAUUUAAAGAGCCCGUUUUGCUCUCGUGUAGCCACAGUUUUUGUCAGGAGUGCCUCGAGUCCAGCUGGAAAAACCAAGCGAAACAUCUGUGCCCGUUGUGCCGAAAAUGCUGCGACGGAGAGACGCCGAUAUACAAUCGCGCGCUGAAGAACACAUGCGCGUCCUAUAAAAAAGAAAGAAACUGGAGGGGGACAGGUAUAGAUGAGCUCAUGUGUGGUCUGCACCAGCGCCCCUUUCAGCUCUUCUGCAUCAAAGACGAGGAGCCCGUGUGCGUGGACUGCGUGACCCUUCACUCAGGUCAUGAUCUCUGUCCUGUAGAUAAAGGAGUGCCCAUCUGCAAGGAAGAACUUGGCUUGAAAAUAAAAAUACUGGAAAACAAGCAAGGGUCUUUUAAAAGAAUGAAGAAUAAAUACAAAGAAACAAUCACCUUUAUUGAGGCACAAACACAGGAGGCAGAGAAGCAAAUCAAAGAGGAGUUUCAGAGGCUCAUUCAGAUUCUUAAGAAUGAGGAGGAAUCAAGAAUAACAGCAUUGAAAGCAGAGGAAACAGAAAAUAAGAAGAUCCUGGAGGAAAAGAUUGAAAGCAUCAGUCAUGAUAUUUCUAAUCUUGGAGAGCUAAUUCAGUCAGUAAAGAGAGAGAUGGGAGCAGAGGAUUUAACAUUCUUGCAAAACUUCCAGAAACUUAAAAGACGAGCUCAGUAUACUGGUAAAGAACCACAGAAGGCCCAAGGAGUUCUCAUUAACAUGGCUUUGCAUGUUGGUGGUCUAGGAUACAAAGUUUGGGAGAGCAUGCAGUCUCAAGUCCAAUGUUUACCUGUUAUUCUGGAUCCCAACACCAUUUCUCCGUGGCUCUCCAUGUCUCCUGGCUUUUCCAGUGUGCAGGAGAGUCUAGAAAGGCAGUCUCUCCCAGACAACCCUGAAAGGUUUGACCCCUGUGUUUUUGUCCUGGGGUCAGAGGGUUUCUCCUCAGGACGCCACCGCUGGGAGGUCCACGUGGCUGACAACCCCAAAUGGAUCUUGGGAGUAUGCAGAGAGUCAGUGAUUCGGAAGAGAAAGUUCACAGUAACCACGACAGCAGGUGUAUGGACCAUUGGACUGAGUAAAGGGAUCUAUAAUGCUCUGACCACUCCACGUACUUUGAUUCAUAUAGAAAGAAGGCCGGAAACCAUUAGGAUAAAGCUCAAUAUGGAAAAGGGAGAAGUGUCAUUCUGGGAUACAGGUAACAACAAGCACCUGUGCACGUAUACUGAUAAGUUUAAUGGAAAGCUGUUCCCUAUAUUUGGCCCUGGUCUACACAGCACACCCAUGACUAUCAUGCCAUCUAAAGUGACCAUACAUAAACAAUAAGUAAACAUGGUUUGUGAUUUAAACCGUUGUUUAGGCAUUUUUGUUGUAGGCCUAUUAUUCUUUUUUGUAAUUUUCAUAAAAUAUUGAUCUGAAUGAAAAUGGAAAUACUAUAUUAAGAGCAUGAACAGUACCAACUUGUCCAUGCAGUGUAUUUAGACUUAUAUCGAUUAUUGUGAGUAUAGAAAAAUUUGAAUGGCAUCUGUGAAUCUGUUACAUACGUGGAUAUCAUUUUAAUACUAGUGUUGUAUUUUGGCAGUCAAUAUAUCUUUGAAAAGAUCUAAAGUAUUGCAUUGACAAUCAUGUGACAUUAAUAACAAUCACAAAUAAUUUUGAUAUCAUUAUCACACAGUUGCAACCAGUAUUUGUAAAUUGGGUAAUAAUAUGGACUAAUCUUCAUUUAUUUGUUUGCUUUGACAAUAAAGUACCUGAAAGAUCAGA